CUUUUAUGCCAAUGGCUGACUUGGCGUAACAUGAUUGGUUUUAGUUAGCCCUGGGAGUUUCGAAGAAAUCGAGCCAAACUCAGACUGAACCCUAGAAGGCGAAAAUUGGGGAUUUAGGGUUUUCGUUUUUCAUAUUCCUCAAGUAUUUCGUUCUCUCGAAAAUGGAAUCGGAAGGGCAAAAGGGUAAUGUGAACCCGUCAGCAAUGUUGGCUUCCCUGCUUAGUAGGAGAGCAAAGCUUCACGAGGAGCUUCGGAGCAUUGAAAAGCAGGUAUAUGAUAUGGAGACAAGUUAUUUACAGGAUCCUGGACAAUGUGGCAAUGUAUUAAAAGGAUUUGAAGGGUUCCUAUCUUCAUCCAAGAACACUGCCCUGUUGAAGCGGUCUAGAAAGUUUCAGCCUGAAGAUCGGCUCUUUUCAUUAUCAUCAGUGACCUCACCGGCGGCAGAAGAGCUUGCAGCUGGACGAGAUGAUGGUAGGUCAGAUUAUGGUCCUGCUCGUUCAAAAGGUGGAGGAAUUUAUGCUAAUGGACAGGGUAAACCAAAGAAAGGUAGAGGUGGGUCAAGAGAUGCGAAGAGAAUAAGGGUUUCAAGUGAACAAGAUUUUGAUUAUGAAGAUGAUCCUGACCUGACCUUGUGAUUAAAAAUGCUGGUCCAACUUUCUGAUAAACUAUGUGCAAUGUAAAAAGCCUGGAAAAACCUACUUUCGUACUGAAUGGAUAGGCACUUGGUGCUUUGCGGAUCCUCAUUCAAUGUAUAUAUUGUCCCAAUAGUUGUGGAUUUUUCACUUCUUGCGUGAACAAGGCCUACUUACUCAUGUUUUAUGAAAGGCAUGAGGGACCUGUUGUAUUGCAAAGCAGCCGGGAUAUGGCAAAUGCUUCUUUGCACAUGUUUUUGUUGAUUGUUUUGUUAAACUUGUUCUUUAUAGUAUGAUUUGUUAGUGUGAUUGUAAUUGUAAUGUUGUACAUAACUAAGAAAUAUGAAGUCAACUAACUUGUCUAGAAAUUUAUAGUUUCUGGUAUGAAUCCAUAGCACUGCAGCCUAGCGAAGAAAAGUCUUUUACCCUCAGAAAAUAGAGAUGUCUGUUUUCAUCUUGCAUGUUUCAAUUUACUUUG